AUGAAGACACAGUGGAAGGAUUCCGUACCUGAAAGCGAAGAGGAGAGAUUUAGACAAAAGUGUAAAGAAUUGAAAAGAAGAGUUCUUGAAGUUGAACAAACCAAUGAGAUUGCCACGAUAGCGUUGAGCAGGACACAAGCGGCAAUCCGUAGGUCAAGGCUUGAAUAUGCAAUAUUGGUGGAAAGGCUAGAAGAUCGAGCUCAACAUCUACCUGAUGGAGUAACCAAUUUUGAAGAAAUGGCCGGUCCACCAACACCAAGUAUACUAGACGAGUCCCUUGUUAAAACGUCCAAGAAUGGCUCAAGUAAAAAAUCAUCGGGUAAAAAGCUCAAUCUGGGUAAAGGUGUUACUGGUAACAACGCAUCAAAUUCACCAAGUGCUGCAACCCUAGACGCGAGGAGUUUGAUGAAUCUUGGAGGAGCAGGAGGUGGAAUGGGUGGUGGGGCUUCUUCAACAGAAAACCCAACUUCUGUUGCGACAAAUACAACCUUGACCAAGAAUCCCAAAUAUAGAGAUCCUGACUUACCCAAACGUCCCACAAAUGCGUACCUUCUAUUCUGUGAACAGGAAAAGGAAAGAUUGAGACAGCAACAAUUACAAGAUCCCGAGAAUAGCACCCGUGAUUUAUCAAAAGCCAUGACUGAAGCUUGGAAGAAUUUGAGCGAAGAAGAUAGAAAGCCGUUUUACAAGUUGUAUGAAGAGGAUAGAAUUAGGUAUCAGAAGGAGAUGGCUGAAUAUACUCAAAAGAAGGAGGCUGAGUUGGACCAGACCGGGCACGAUGAGGGAGAAGGAGAAGGAGAAGGAGAAGGAGAAGGAGAAGGAGAAGGAGAAGGAGAAGGAGAAGGAGAAGGAGAAGGAGAAGGAGAAGGAGAAGGAGAAGGAGAAGGAGAAGGAGAAGGAGAAGGAGAAGGAGAAGGAGAAGGAGAAGGAGAAGGAGAAGGAGAAGGAGAAGGAGAAGGAGAAGGAGAAGGAGAAGGAGAAGGAGAAGGAGAAGGAGAAGGAGAAGGAGAAGGAGAAGGAGAAGGAGAAGGAGAAGGAGAAGGAGAAGGAGAAGGAGAAGGAGAAGGAGAAGGAGAAGGAGAAGGAGAAGGAGAAGGAGAAGGAGAAGGAGAAGGAGAAGGAGAAGGAGAAGGAGAAGGAGAAGGAGAAGGAGAAGGAGAAGGAGAAGGAGAAGGAGAAGGAGAAGGAGAAGGAGAAGGAGAAGGAGAAGGAGAAGGAGAAGGAGAAGGAGAAGGAGAAGGAGAAGGAGAAGGAGAAGGAGAAGGAGAAGGAGAAGGAGAAGGAGAAGGAGAAGGAGAAGGAGAAGGAGAAGGAGAAGGAGAAGGAGAAGGAGAAGGAGAAGGAGAAGGAGAAGGAGAAGGAGAAGGAGAAGGAGAAGGAGAAGGAGAAGGAGAAGGAGAAGGAGAAGGAGAAGGAGAAGGAGAAGGAGAAGGAGAAGGAGAAGGAGAAGGAGAAGGAGAAGGAGAAGGAGAAGGAGAAGGAGAAGGAGAAGGAGAAGGAGAAGGAGAUUCUGCAGGUGAGAGAAAUCGAGAUGGCAAUGAAGAGGAACAGGAAAAUAAUGACGAGGAAGUUGGAGAGAGACAAGAAUCGCAAAGCAGGGAUGAUGAUGAAAGGGAAACAAAACGACAGAAAAUUGACGACGGCACAGGGACAACAGAUGAACAGCAACCCGGCAGCGUGGAGGUCAAAGUAGAAGAUACAAGUAAUUAA